ACGCAAGUAGCGGAACGGCCGGUCCCCUAUCUGCGCAUUUGUCUUGCACUCGGUCCAGCAUAUACGAGAUAUCCAGCGCUUUCAGUUACUUACAGCAGAAGGGCAUUCAUCGGCCUUUCAGCACUGACUGCAGAGGGGGAGAAAGAAGAAGCUGGCAGGUCUGUAACAGGUCAGGUGGACAUUAGUUCGUAGCCCUCCCACGCAAGAGAUGGACAUUGUUGUGGUUUUGUGCUGCUCUCUGGGUGCUGCUGUCGGGGGUUUCUUCUUUGCAGUUUAUAAGCUUGGUUUACUGUAUCAGCUAUUUCAUAAGACAGAGAGAAAGAAUCCUCGGCAUGGAGGGGAGAGUGUGGCGGAGGUUCUGCGGGCUCAUGGGGUCAAGUUCGUCUUCACAUUGGUGGGAGGACACAUCUCGCCCAUUCUGGUGGCCUGUGAGAAACUGGGAAUUCGCAUUGUUGACACCCGCCACGAGGCCACAGCUGUGUUUGCAGCCGAUGCUGUGGCAAGACUUUCUGGCACAGUCGGUGUGGCCGCAGUAACAGCAGGACCAGGACUGACUAACACAGUGACUGCAGUGAAAAACGCUCAGAUGGCUGAAUCACCACUGCUUCUUAUUGGUGGUGCAGCCGCUACUCUACUGCAGGGUAGAGGUGCCUUACAGGAUAUUGACCAAAUGUCACUCUUCAAGCCCCUCUGCAAUUUCUGUGCUUCUGUGAGGAAUGUGAGAGAAAUUGUUCCCACUGUAAGAAAAGCUUUGGCCAUCGCACAAUCUGGCACACCAGGCCCUGUGUUUAUUGAGUUUCCCAUAGACACGCUCUACCCUUACCAUGUGGUGGAAAAAGAGUUUGCCCCUAAAAACGCUCCCAAAGGGCUGAUGGGGAAAAUCAUUGCAUGGUAUCUUCAUAAUCAUUUAACUAACUUGUUUGCUGGAGCUUGGGAAACCCGUGAUUUGUCCCCACUUCCUGUUCACAUCCCUCAGGCCACAGAUGAUGAGAUCCAAAGGUGUGUGGAACUGAUAAGCAGAGCCAAGAAACCUGUCAUACUGUUAGGCAGCCAGGCAACCUUACCCCCUACACCUGUGGAUGAUAUCAGAAAUGCCUUAGAAUCGUUAGGGAUUCCCUGCUUCCUUGGCGGAAUGUCCCGAGGCAUGCUGGGAAAGAACAGUCCACUGCACAUCAGACAGAACAGGAGAGAUGCCUUGAAAGAUGCUGACCUUGUGCUGCUGGCAGGCACUGUGUGCGACUUCAGACUGAGUUAUGGACGGGUACUGAACAGACGGAGUAAAAUUAUUGCAGUCAACAGAGACAAAAGUCAGCUAUUGAAGAACUCAGACAUGUUCUGGAAACCAACAGUGGCCAUUCAGGGCGAUGCUGGCUCUUUCCUCUUGCGUCUCUCAAAAUCCCUAAAGGGCCACAAGUGCCCAGAGGAAUGGCCUCAGAGCCUAAAGGAGGGAGAUCACAUCAAAGAAAAAACGAACAGAGCAAAAGCAGUUGAGAAGACCGAGAGGCAUCUGAACCCUCUGAAUGUUUUGCACCGGGUGGAUGAGCUUUUGGCUGAUGACAGUAUCAUAGUGGCUGAUGGGGGGGAUUUUGUUGGCAGUGCUGCAUACAUCAUGAGGCCGCGGGGCCCACUGCGCUGGCUGGACCCAGGGGCUUUUGGGACUCUGGGUGUGGGAGGAGGGUUUGCACUGGGUGCAAAGCUUUGUCGACCUGACUCCGAGGUGUGGAUCGUUUAUGGCGAUGGUUCCCUUGGAUACAGUGUGGCUGAAUUUGAUACCUUCACUCGCCAUAAGACCCCAGUGAUUGCUCUGGUGGGAAAUGAUGCAUGUUGGAGUCAGAUCUCUAGAGAACAAGUGCCUAUGCUCGGGAGCAACGUAGCCUGCGGUCUUUCCUUUACAGAUUAUCAUAUUGUAGCCGAUGGUUACGGGGGCAAAGGCUACCUAAUUGGGCGAGAGGAUGAGUCGCAGCUUGAUGGUAUCAUCAAAAAGGCCCAGAAGGAGUGCAGAGAAGGAAAGGCAACUCUGUUAAACGUUCUGAUUGGGAAGACCAGCUUCAGAGAGGGUUCAAUUUCAGUUUAGAGAGACACUGUGCACCAUCUUGUCUAGAAACCCAAAGUCUUUAUAAUAUACUGUAAUACACACCCUUUACUACAUUUUACAGAUUUAGUUGAUUUGAAAAGAAAUCAAAUGAAAGUGGAGUAUUAAAUUGUUCCAGAACAUGUGCAAUCUGUGUGACUUGUACUACUUUUCUUCAGGAACCAGGACAGUUUUUUUUAUUUUUUUUAGUAAAACUACUCAUGUGUCAUUUUCAUUGAGCUGAAAAGAAUCACAGUGCCUUUGUUUUGUCCAGCACUUUGAAAAGGUUUGAAGUAUGGAGGUCCUGUAAAUAUGUAUUUCAUUUUCAAAGCAUACAUUAUGAAUUUAUGACUUUAAUCAUAGUAAUAAUACAAAUGAAUUGUGUUGAAUUGUUUUAAUUAUUUGAACUGCUUUAUACAAUUGUGUUCCUGUUAUUACUGAAUGUUAAACUUUAAAAACUCCGCCAUUUGUUGCAAAACAAAAUUGCACUUGCAGUCAUUGUGGACACUAGUGUCUCCCUAAUUAUUGAAUCAAAGGGAUCUAAGUUUAUUUAUCAAGAAAUGUGAAUAUUUUAACCAAAGUAAUAUCUUUAAAAAUAUUUUAAAACUUUUUCCUGAGUUUUGCUGCAAAAUGAGACCUGCAUAAACUGUUAUGCCUCUUCUCAGGUUUGUGAUUGAUCACUCCAGCAUCACCCAUUUAGGUAUGGCUACAUAAUUUAUCCAACAAAAAAAAAUUAUGCAAUAAAAUGCUUAAAAAGCAUUUUUUAUUUUAAUUUUAUUUUGCCUCUUAAAA